AUGGGUGCUCGCCAACUCGAACAACCGGGCGAGGGUCCAGUUAAAAUUGGAGGCCUUCAGUGGUUAUUGAUGUUAUGGCCUGUCGUCUCUGGCAUACCUGUCUCACCACCAAACGACCAACUAUAUUGCCUUCAUUCGUUGGUUCCCUCAUACUCCUGCUGGCAGUAUUGUACCUUUGAUCCCGGGCCUGACCACAUGGUAUCAAAUUGCUGGAUUCUCAUCAACUUAUCGAAUACAAUGCCUCUUACGGUUUCGAUGUUUGCAAGGCACAAUU